CUCCGCGUGAACUCGCGCGCAUGCGCAGACCUGGCUGCGUGUUCGCGCAUGCGCAGACCUGCAGGCUGCUGGCGCUGGGAGGUUGGCACGAGUGUAGCUGGCGCGGUCAUCUGGGAGCAUAGCAGCUGGCCAUGGAAUGGGUCUGAGCACGUGCAAGUGUACCAACACUUUGCAGUGCAACACCAAAUGUGCCCUGUCACCUACCGUGCUACCUGCUGCGAGAUACUGCCAUGUUGGUGACGGAGCAGACUUCUUCCUCUCUUAGCGUGCUGGCGACGGACGACAGCAUGAGCGACGACGUGUUCGAGGCCUCGGAGAGCGGGCUGGGUCCCCCGGCGCUCAAGUACUGCCGGCCCUCGCCCACGGGCUACCCCGACUACCAGCCGCCCGCGGGGGUGCUGCGGCUGCACGAGCGAGCCGAGCAGGAGGUCGAGCAGAUGGUGCACAAGACAAUCCUCCUGGGAGACAGCGGGGUCGGCAAGACCUCUCUGCUCGUGCAGUUCGAUACCGGCAGGUUUCAGUCCGGGAACUUCUCCGCGACUGUGGGCAUCGGCUUCACUAACAAGGUGGUGACUGUGGACGGCAGCAAGGUGAAGCUGCAGAUCUGGGACACGGCGGGCCAGGAGCGCUUCAGAAGCGUGACACACGCCUACUACAGGGACGCACAUGCGCUGUUGCUGCUCUAUGACGUCACCAGCAAAACCAGCUUCGACAACAUCCGUGCCUGGCUCGGUGAGAUCCGGGAAUAUGCCCAGGACGAUGUCGUCAUCAUGCUGCUGGGCAACAAGGCGGACUCCGGGGCGGAGCGCGAAGUGCACCAGGAUGAAGGCCACAGACUGGCCAGAGAGUACAAUGUUGCGUUCAUGGAGACAUCUGCCAAGACCGGCAUGAACGUGGAGCUGACCUUCAUGACUGUGGCCAGACGGCUCAAGUGUCACCGCUCAGACAACCCGGACGACACGAGGUUCAACGUGCAUGACUACGUGCGAGAGCAGGCGCAGAAGGGAUCAUGUCCUCCCUGUGCAUCGUAAGGUGCCUCAUCUUCUCCGCGAUCCAGUUUGUGCUCCAACCUUGUCUCUGAGACUCGCACAGUUUUAUCAAAUGAAGCUUUUAUUACUUUACACUGAUAACAAUAUGUUUUGACUUGAACUUGCACAUAUAUUAACCAGUUAACAUGGUUAGUUUUGUAAAUUACACUUUCACAUUGUGGGUUUUGUAUUUCUUUUAGUACAUUUGGUUUUAUGUUUUUCAUUUUUCAGCAUCCUUCAUAAUAAUGAAAAUGUGUGAAUAAUACUGCAAUUUUUCACGUGCCAUGAUUGAUCUUACUAAACAAACUGUAGCCAAAAAAAGUUAGAGAGUUUAAUUUUUUACGAUCAUGAGCAUAAUUUAAAAUUGAGUUUUUUUUUAAUUGUGUAAACCUCUUAACUCUCGGUAUACGGCAUUUGGUAGGGGUAAUUUCGUGAAUAGAACGGAAGUCGCAGGUUCAGCGUUGAGGCAUUAACAUGCGACGCGUUUGGUACUCCUGUUGUUAGGCUAGCACUGAGAAGUCAAUUACACCAUCUCGUUGAACAGAAUUAUAGUUAGUUUUGAAAAGGAGGAAAUUUGUUUUCUUAAAAUUAAUACUUUUUGUAUAUUUAUCACACUCGGUAUUAUUUUAAAGAAUUCUACGUCAAAUUUCGUGUCCGAGUUUCGUAUUAUAAGUUUAUUUGCAGCAUGAGAACACUUGAAUUGUCGUGUUACCGAGGUCAGAUGUUGACACAUCACUGGCGAGUACUGAAGGACUCUCGCGAUUUUUUUUAUUGGUAAGUUAGUGUUUACAUGUUAAUGUCUUAGUUUUUUGGAUGAGAUUGUGCAGACUUAAAUCACAUAUGGGCUGCUGAUCAUAACUAGCAUGUUUAUAGAAAUUACCAGGGGUUUUUGUUUGCAUAGCUCUUAUAUUCCAAAUUGUAUUCUGAAUAUUGUAAAAAGGUUAGUUAAACUAAUCAAAAUAUAUUUUCAAGUAUACAGUUUGUAACAAUGUAUUGACUAUGGCUUUAUUACACAAGAUUAAAACUUAUCUUUACUUAAAGCCCCCCAAAUCUGUAUUACAAAUAGGAGAAAGAAAUCUUACAAUUACUUUUGAUCAGAGUGUUCAAACAUAAUUGAAAAACCAACUAUGUUAGGGUUUUUAUUAUUUUUUAUAAAAUAAAAGCGAUGUAUAUAUGUAUAAUUUUAAAAAUGUUGUGCUGUAUGAAUGUAAAGCUUACUUGCACAAUAGGACCAAUUGAUUAUGUUUAUUGGCUCUAAUGUCAUUAGCAGUAUAUCUUAAUGAACUAACGAUAGAAUAACCCUCAUGCAAGAGAUUUAUUUCACUGGUUCUUUCAUCGAUGUGUGUUGUUAGAACUAGAAACAUACUCUCCGUGCUCCAUAGCAAACAUUGUGACUGAGAUGAGCUACCUGUUCAAUAUAAUGCUCAUGUUUCUAUCUAGCAGAAAUAUAUUGUUAUAAAAAAAUGUUCAAACAAACACGAUGGAGUAUGUAAAACAGCAUACAAAUAAAAACAUGUAAUAAAGUAUGUGAAAAACAUUA